AUGGAAGCAGUAAUCCUAGUCGGAAAGCACCGUACGCGGAUCCUGACACUCACCAUAUUGAAUCUCCGAAACAACUACAUCGGAGCUGAAGGAGCACAACAUCUCGGUGAUGCACUUCGAAAUAACACAACACUCACCACAUUGGAGCUCGAUCGCAACUACAUCGGAGCUGAAGGAGCACAAUAUCUUGGUGAUGCACUACAAAUUAACACGACACUCACCACAUUGAAGCUCUGGAGCAACGAAAUCGGAGACGAAGGAGCACAACAUCUGGAUGUUGCCCGACGAAAUAAAAGGGUGAAUUAUUAA